AUGCCUUCCAUCGCGUCGCGACUCCUGGCCGUCGGCUUGGCCGUGGUGGCCGCCGCCUCGUCGGCGCAGAACGACAGCCUGGUCACCCAGCAGCUGGAUCUGCAGCCCUACCCCUAUGACUUCCCCAAGCUGGGCACCAAUGGCUCCGAUCUCUUCCCCAUGCGUCUCUGCCAUGGCUUCAAGCUCGAGGAGGCCAGCAUCGACGAGAUCCAGGCCGAGCUGGAGGCCAAGAAUUUCACGGGGGUGCAGCUGCUCCAGUGUUAUCUCGAGCGCAUCUACCAGGUUCAGCCUUAUGUCAAUGCGGUUAUGCAGCUGAACCCCGAUGCGGUGAGCAUCGCCGAGGCGCUGGACGCGGAGCGGGAGGCGGGCACAGUGCGCAGCCCCUUGCACGGAAUCCCCUUCUUGGUCAAGGACAACAUCGCCAGUAAGGACAAGAUGGAGACCACCGCCGGUAGUUGGGCCCUCGUGGGCUCCGUCGUGCCCCGUGACUCGCACGUCGUGCACCGUCUGCGCGAGGCUGGGGCUGUCCUGCUGGGUAAGGCGACGCUCAGUGAGUGGGCGGACAUGCGCUCCAACGACUACUCCGAGGGGUACUCGGGCCGUGGUGGCCAGUGCCGCAACGCGUAUAACUUCACCGUCAAUCCUGGUGGUAGCAGUUCUGGCUCCGGCGUGUCCAUCUCCACCAACCAGGUGCCUUUCGCGCUGGGUACGGAGACUGAUGGCAGUGUCAUCAACCCGGCGGAGCGCAACAACAUCGUCGGCAUCAAGCCCACCGUCGGCCUCACCUCGCGUGCGGGCGUGAUCCCCGAGUCCCUGCACCAGGACACGGUCGGCACCUUCGGCAAGACCGUGCGCGACGCCACCUACGCCCUGGACGCCAUCUACGGCGUCGAUCCCCGCGACAACCAGACCGCCGCGCAAAAGGGCAAGACCCCCACCGGCGGGUACGCCCAGUUCCUGACGGACAAGUCGGCCCUGAAGGGCGCCGUGUUCGGUCUGCCGUGGAUGUCGUUCUGGCAGUACAACGACGCCGCCCAGAAUGCCCAGCUGAUGGAGCUGCUGGCGCUGAUCGAGUCGGCGGGUGCGACCAUCAUCAACGGCACCGAGCUCCCCCAUUACAAGGAGAUCGUUGACCCCGAGGGCUGGAACUGGGACUACGGCACCUCCCGGGGCUACCCCAACCAGUCCGAGUACUCCUACGUCAAGGUCGACUUCUACAACAACAUCAAGGAUUAUCUCGCCGAGCUGAACAACACCAACAUCCGCUCGCUGGAGGACAUCGUCCAGUACAACAUCGAUAACGCCGGUAGCGAGGGUGGCCUGCCCGGGGUGAACCCGGCCUUUGCCUCCGGACAGGAUGGCUUCCUGGCGUCGCUGGCGACCAAGGGUGUGAUGAACGAGACCUACUGGCAGGCGCUGGCGUACUGUCAACGCACCAGUCGCGAGGAGGGCAUUGAUGCGGCGCUGCGCUACCAGGGCCGCAACAUCACCGCUCUCCUGGCCCCGCCGGACUUUGCCCCCUCCGUCGAGAUCGCCGCCCAGGCGGGUUAUCCCGUGGUCACCCUGCCUGCCGGUAUCAACGGGGACUCGCACAUGCCCUAUGGAUUGGCCUUGUUCGGUACUGCCUUCUCCGAGGCGACCCUCAUCAAGUACGCCAGUGCCAUCGAGGAUCUGCAGCUGUCCUCGCAGACUCCCUGGAAGCGUAGCCUGCCCACCUGGAGCGGGUAUCUGGAGCGCAACAUCCCCGUGAACUAA